AUGGCGGCGGGGCCUGUGGGCGAGGGAAGAGAGCACCUGGCUACACGGAGCCUGCAGAGCUCAGCGCCUCCGCACCCAAGGACGGGCGCCGCCCGGAGCCCGGGGGUCUGCGCCCGCGGGGCCCGCCGUGGGAGCCCCGAGAACCCGGCGGCAGCCGAGAGCCGCGCCCCGCGUGGGGCUGGCCGCACGCUGCGCCCGAAGCCCACGGGGGCGCGCCGGCUUCUGGAGGAACGAGAACGGGCGCCCGGCGCCUUCCAAAGGGCUGGACUACGCGCGGCGACAGACGGACAGCGACCCCGCCAGCCAGGGCCCGGGAAACCACCCCGCGCGCGGCCCGCGCCCACGCCGGGCUCGCCCCAGGCGGGCAGCCCCGCUACCCCGGCCGUGCAGCCCGCGCGACCCGCACCGCCGGGAGAGGAGGGGACGGGGAGGGGCGGCGCCCGGCCCCGCCCCAACGGCCGCGCCGCGCUCCGCCCCGCGUCCUCGCACCUCCGCGGCCGGUUCCCUCCGCCCGGCACCUUACAGCGGCACCCCUCAAGCGCCGCGCCCGAGCGCGCACGCGCCGCACCGCCGCCCUGCCGCCGCCCGCCCGCAGCCAAUCAGCGGCCGCUCCGAGGACGCGGCACCGGAAGGCUCCGCGCGGCGCCGGAAGUGACGCGCCGGCGUGCUGACGCGCGGGCUCGAGCCGAGGCCGAUUCCGCGCCCGCCAUGGCCGACAAAAUGGACAUGUCUCUAGACGACAUUAUUAAACUGAACCGGAGCCAGCGAGGCGGCCGCGGCGGGGGCCGGGGCCGGGGCCGGGCUGGCUCCCAGGGCGGCCGCGGCGGCGGGGCGCAGUUUGGUAUUUUCUUUCUCCUUCAGCCGAAACAACUUCCUGACAAAUGGCAACACGACCUUUUCGACAGCGGAUUUGGGGGUGGUGCCGGCGUGGAGACGGGUGGGAAACUGUUGGUGUCAAAUCUGGACUUUGGAGUGUCUGAUGCUGAUAUUCAGGAGCUCUUUGCUGAAUUUGGGACACUGAAGAAGGCGGCCGUGCACUAUGAUCGCUCAGGCCGCAGUUUAGGAACAGCUGACGUGCACUUUGAACGGAAGGCAGAUGCCCUGAAAGCUAUGAAACAGUACAACGGUGUCCCUCUAGAUGGCCGCCCCAUGAACAUCCAGCUCGUCACGUCGCAGAUCGACCCACAGCGGAGACCUGCACAGAGUGUAAACAGAGGCGGGAUGACUAGAAACCGUGGUUCUGGAGGCUUCGGUGGUGGUGGCGGCACCCGGAGAGGAACCCGUGGAGGCAGCCGGGGCAGAGGCAGAGGCACCGGCAGGAGUUCAAAGCAGCAGCUUUCUGCAGAGGAGUUGGACGCCCAGCUGGACGCUUACAAUGCGAGAAUGGACACCAGUUAAACAGACCGGCAAAUCCGUGCAUGGGACAGGACCCAGACGUCUCGUCCGUGCUCCCUCGCGGGAGGAGGGUGGCGGACUGGGGCUGUGUGGCCAAUGAUGGAUUUGUUUCUUUUAUGUUUUAAGAUAGGAUUUAAAACUCUUGUAAAGAUUUGUUUUUCUUUUUUUUUUUUUUUAAAUUCUGAAACAGACCUGUUUUGUACCGAGUUAUUUUUGGGAUAAAUUUUACUGGUUGCUGUUGUGGAGAAGGUGGUGUUUUCACCUUUGCCAUAAUAAAAUAGAAAUGUGUGUAGAACUGGAA